GCCACCGCAAGUUGGGUGGUAUUAAUACUACUAUUACAACUACUGCAACUACUACUACUACUACUACUACUACUACCGCCACCAGUCACCACUACUAGUACUUUUGGUACUACUACAACUGCGACUGAUUGUUGGGCGUGUGUGACGUGCGACUGUGUGCGUCGUUAGUGUGCCCAUUGAGCGACUGUCGCCGUCGACCGCGCGUGCGUGAGCGUUUACGCGAGUGUGUGCGCGCGCGCGCCGGCGUGUGUGAGUGUUUCCUUAUCCGCCGCCGGCCGACGACGUGACGACGACGUCGACGCCGCCGUUCAGCACGACGACGACGACAGCGACUGCAGACGACCUGACGGCGAUUAUUGUUAUUAUUAUUAUUAUUAUUAUUAUUAUUAUUAUUAUUACUAUUAUUUAUUUAUCGCGAUAACGAUUUGGGCCGGUUACGUAGUCGCAAAAAAAAAUUUAAAAAAACGCUCCCGAUCGCCGUCGGUCAUCGUCGUUCGUGUGUUCUUUCUUAUUCACCAUUAUUUUCGCCGGUGACGGGUAGGAACUUGCCUGUUAUUGAAUAAUAAUAUUAUCUUCAUCUAUACACAUGUCUCGCUGUUUUCAGCUACCAACCUCCCACUCUUUAUCGCUUUGACCGUCGGCAGAAGAAGGUUUUCGAUUUCCUAAAAAAAAACCGAUGCUCAAAAGUACUCAUUGACCUUACUACAACACGCCCCCGCCUGGAGCCUUCUUCUUCUUCUUCUUCUACCGCAUCCGUCGUCUAAAACAUAAGUACCUAUCGCUGUGCAAGUCGUCAUUAAACAUAAAUUUACUAAAGUAAUCGUUCCAUGGUCACAGCUAUGUCUGGUACGAACAGCGAACACUACACAUUGCAGCAACACACUGUCCCAAUUCACAUCAAGUCGUCUCUGUACAUGCAUGAGUAUAGAUAAUAAGCGGUAGCAAGUUGUCGUCUGCUGACUGCAGCCAUCUCGCUAGUCAACCAUAUCGAUUAAUAUUUCCUGUUUAGAAGUUUCCUAAAAGUCGUUUGAAUGCAAGUUGCAACGGUAAUGCAUCCCAUGCAACAUGCUGGAGGAGUAGCAACCUAUUAUGCUACUCCUAGGCCAACUCACCCACACUACUCAAGUGUAAACUACCACGAUUACAACGCAUCCUAUUCCAAGCGCGCGCAGUUGAGUUGCGGUUAUAACACAGCUGGCAGUAACCAAGGUUUAACCAACACGACUUUUGGCGGAAAAUCGGGCACGGUACCUGGCCAUCACAGUGGCCCGCCCGGUAUGACCGGCAACUAUGCUAGUGGCGCCCCUACACAAUACCAUCACAGAGCGACGGCCGGCUGGAACUCGGCUCCCUUACCUGCCCAACAGUAUCGAUACGGAACCGGUCCAGUAACGCAGACCACCAUGUCACCGUACACGUCUUACAAUCCCAAUCCGACAACUUACACCAACAGCAACAACAGGAUACCUACGGCCUCUUCACCGGCUAACACUAAUAACAGCAGCUCUAGCUCCAACACCAACGGCGGAGCUUCGUUGCAAUCGUCUAACCAGCCAACCACUAGUUCGCCAUCGUCAGAAUGUCAAUCAGCCCCACCGGCACAGCAGUUAUCCAAGACCAACCUUUACAUACGCGGAUUGAAUCAAAACACAAUGGACAAGGAUUUGAUCACCAUGUGUUCGCAAUACGGCAACAUAGUUUCAACUAAAGCGAUAUUGGACAAGAACACUAACAAGUGUUAUGGAUUUGUAGACUUCGAGUCGGGCUCUUGCGCUGACGCCGCGGUCAAAGGUCUGCAAGCAAAAGGUGUCCAAGCCCAAAUGGCUAAAGUGGGUAUUCCAGUUCAACGUAGAGCGGCCACUCAGCAAGAACAAGAUCCUACCAACUUGUAUAUAGCUAACUUGCCACCGAAUUUCAAAGAGAAUGAUUUGGAUACGCUACUAUCGAAAUUUGGUCAGGUAGUAUCAACUAGAAUUUUGCGUGAUACAAAUAUGGUCAGUAAAGGAGUCGGAUUUGCUAGAAUGGACUCCAAGGAAAAAUGUGAACAAAUCAUUCAAAUGUUCAACGGCAAUCCAUUACCAGGAUCUAAAGAACCGUUGCUAGUCAAAUUCGCUGAUAGUGGUCAAAAGAAGAGAAACACUAGCUAUAGAUCAGACUCUCGUUUGUGGAGAGAAUCGGAGAACGGCGGAUGUAUGCGAUUUCCGGUACAGCACUAUAUGUUGCAGGGCUCACACGUCGGAUACGAAGCGACCCACAACGGUCUGGCCGGCUCAGCCGGCUCGCACGUCAUACCGGCCACCGCCCUUGCGCAGUACGUCGGCCGGCACUACACCACGCAGGCGUUGCCUGCCCACGGAUACUCGAUCCCGGCAUCCACGUGGCUGCCUCAAUACGUGAUGCAGCCCGCUCCGCCACAUCACCUGGCUCAGAUAGACACUCCUGUAUGUUGUCAGAUGAUUCAGCAAGCUGAUCCUGGAUCCGUUCAAUACGGUUCAGUUAUACCGCAACUCGCCACACAUAUGUCUGCUUUACAGAUCGGAAACGGAUCGUACGUGGCCGGCCCACACCCAGGUUAUCCGUACUACACAAGCACCGCACCAAACAUAAUUCACACGGUUCCGAUUCCAUCUGAAGAACAUCCAUCGACAGCGGCGUCACCUGAUGACUCCUAUCAACAUUUCUCGCACAAAUAAACAACAUAUUAAACCAACCAAAAUCGAUAAAAUAUAGUAGGUAACACCUCUUCUUAUUCCCCAACGCUCUGAGCUAUAUUCUUUUUUUUUUGUUAAAAUGUUUUUUUUUUUUAUUAUUAUUUAUUUAUUAGUUGUUUUGGCC